AUGGGCGCUUCUAACAACAUCACCAUCAAUGAUCUCCAAAUUUUAGGCAAACGAGAUUACGAUAUUAACUUUGAUUGGGCCGAACCUCAUCCCACUAAUCCACUUCAUCUUACUAUUGUUCACUUCAUUUCCACAAAUAAAAUAAAUUGCCAACCUGCCCUUCUUCAACCACCUUCUUCUGCCACUGAUGCAUUCCCUUUGGCAGCAAAACAAAAACUUGCACUCGACCUUAUUCUUGCGCAUUACACAUCUCACCAAACCAUCCCGCCUCUACAUAUGAUUAUACAAGGCACUGCAGGCACUGGCAAAUCAUAUUUGAUACAAUGCAUUAGAAAAGAACUUAACCUCUCCACUACUCAAGAGCACAAUCCUUUGCUUGUACUUGCCCCUACUGGUGUAUCUGCAUAUAAUAUCCAAACAACAACAAUCCAUGCUACCCUGCUCAUCCCUCUUAGAGAUAUGCAGCCUUUGACAGGCCAAUCUUUAAUGUUCUUCCAAGAACAAUACAAACAAUUACAGUAUAUUCUAAUUGAUGAGAUGAGCUUUUUGGGUCCUAAAUUGCUUUUAAAAAUUGACAGCAGACUACGCCAAGCAUUCCCUCACCAACAACAUGAACCCUUUGGAGGUAUCUCAGUAAUCCUUGUAGGUGACCUUGGACAGCUACCUCUUGUCAUGGACAAACCCUUGUAUGCAUCACAUUCUACAACCCUAGCAUUAUGGCACUCUUUCCAAACUGUGGUAACCUUGGAUACAAGUUUCCGACAACAAGGCACCUCAAAUAUACAACAAUUUUGUGCAAUCUUGCAAAACAUUAGAAAUGCCAAUGCACUCCAAACAGAUUGGAAAGUUCUUAUGUCUCGAUCCUCCACUAAACUAGCUUUUGAUGAUAACAAACAGUUUGACUGUUCAAUUCCUUUAUUUGCAACAAAUGUAUUAGCCAAACACCACAAUACUAAAAUGUUAAAACAAUUGCACCUACCUGUUGCCCAACUUCCAAGGCAAACUAGCAUUGCAUAUGAUAAUGAUGAACAACUCCUUUCAGAAAUACUCCUCUCCCUCAAUGAAAAAGUAAUGUUAAUUGCUAAUCUAUGGAUACAAGUUAGCUUGGUCAAUGGCUCAUUAGGACAAAUCAAAUCCAUUGUCUAUGAUACAUAUUCUAAACCUCCUGACUUGCCAAAGUACGUAGUUGUUGAGUUUAAAAAUUAUACUGGACCUCAUUGGGACAAUGCAAAUCCUAAAUUUGUGCCUACUGCUCCUAUUACUCGAGGUAGCCACACUCAGCUCACCCUUGCAAUGGCUUGGGCUGUAACUAUUCACAAAUCCCAAGGCCUCACUUUGGACAAAGCAACAAUAGAUAUUGGAAAGACUAAAAAACAGGGGCUCACCUUCACUACAAUCUCACAAGUAAAAUCACUUCAAGAUCUAAGAAUUGAUCCACCUUUCACUUUUGAAAGAUUGGAACUGCUUCGUAUAUACAGUGCAAAUCUAAACGCCAUGCAGAAUUUCAUUGAUGCGACACACAUCGCUUACCUUCUCUAUUUUUGGGAUGUUUCAGGCUGCAAAAUAGAAUCAUUUUACCAAAGAGUCUUGCUCACUCCGUUUGCAUGCUGCCCCCCUGCAGGUACCAUUCUUCACAACACUUUCAGUGUAUAUAAGCCUUUUACGGUUUUCCUGAACACUUUCUCUUUAAAGAUUGCGCAUCAUAUGGUUCACUUAUACAUCUUCUUACAGCAGAUUGCUACGUCUUAA